AUGCAUUUCUUCCACAAAUAUAUUCUGAUGGACUUGUACGAGAAUGAAUACGCUGUGCACUUUCGCGAGCCGGUGGACAUGGCAGCGAUUCAGGCACCGAACUACUACGCCAUCGUGGCACAGCCCAUGGACAUGGGCACCAUCAUGCAGCGAUUGCAGAAUCACUUCUACCACCAUGUGGGCGAGGCUGUGUCCGACUUCCUGCUGAUGCUCCACAACUGCUUCCAGUACAAUCUGCGCGGCACCAUGGUCUACGAGCGUGGCUGCUUUUUGGAGAAGUUCUUCAUGGAGCGAUUGUACACCUUGCCCAAGGGGCCCGAGUAUCCGCACGUUGAGGUGCCCAGGACUUUCAGAAAAACGCGCCUGGUCGCACCUCGCCCUUACACGACCACCCCACUGCGCCCUCCCGCUGCCACGGCUCGGCCCACACGCCGGGCCUCAACCCGGUCCCUACGCCCUCGGAUCGCGACCACACAGCCGGAACAGCCGCAGCCUCAGCUCCAGCCUCAGCUCCAGCCUCAGCUCCAGCCUCAGCUCCAGCCUCAGCUCCAGCCUCAGCUCCAGCCUCAACCCGUACCGGGACGUGUACUGACUCGAGUGCGGCCCACGGUGGGCCCAAAGCCCAGCAAUUUGGGCAAGUACUCCAAUAAGUUGAACUGCUUCGAGAUGGCUGUGCUGGAGGUUGCGGCCAAGAGGGACUUCGGCCAGGACUUCCUGGAGCCGGUGGACGCGCUCAAGCUGGGGGUGCCACAAUAUUACGUGACCAUCGUGAAGCCCAUGGACUUGCAGACCAUAAAGAGACGACUUCGCAACAAUUUCUAUCACCAUUUCGGCGAGGCGGUGUCCGACGUAAUGCUGAUCCUUCACAAUUGCUUCAAAGUCAAUCAGCCCGACGAGCCGGCCUACAAGAAUGGCCAGCUACUGGAGGAGUUCUUCUGGCAAGAGCUGAAGCAGAUGCCCGCCGGGCAAGAGGUGCAAACGCUGCGCAGCAAAUGA